GUGUGUGUGUGUGUGUGUGUGUGUGUGUGUGUGUGUGUGUGUGUGUGUGUAAGCACACUCGACACCCAGUCCUCUUAACAGAAUCAGGGCUGUUCUGUCGCACUGAUAUAAGAGGAUUACAACUCAACAGAAGACUAUACAUUCAUCCAAACUCCUCUGGAGACUGGAGCCCUAUCUUUCUCUUGAAUGUUUUCCCUUGUCUCCUCAGUGGCAGCCAGUGCUAUUUGAUUUAACGUAUCUUCCCAAGUCUAGUUGGCUCCUCAUUUCACGCACCUCGGUAGUUCCAAGUCAACUAGUUCCUCAUCACCAUGGUGAUGUCCCAGGGCACGUACACCUUCCUGGCCUGUUUCGCUGGGUUCUGGUUGGUGUGGGCUCUCAUCGUCAUGCUGUGCUGCUUCUGUAGCUUUGUCCAGCGUCGUCUGAAGAGGAGGAGGGAGGAGAGGCUGAGGGAGCAGUGUCUAAGGGCCCUGGAGAUGGAGUCACUGGAGUGCCUGGGCACUCCGGGGUUGGCUGGGUACCCUCCAUCCAGAGAGCCCCUCCAGUUCUGCCCCCCGCUGACCCUCUCCCCACCGCUGCACAUUCCCCGAUCCCUCCCCCAGGGCAGCUGGGCCUCCCCACAAGAGACGGACGUGUUUGGGAAGCCCCCCUGCUACGAGGAGGCUGUUCUGAUGGAGGACCCCCUUCCCCCCUACUGUGAAGUGCUGGCUGACAGCCGGGGGGGCACCUACACCAAGCUCACCCCCCAGGCCUCCAGGCUGCAGCAGCAGGAGCCUGAGACCUCCAAGACUCCCCCUGUCACAGUGUUCUCUGAGCGGGGCUACUCCUCCUUGAUCCGCCUGCCCACCGCCCGACGCUGGGACUCCCUGGGUCACCUGCUCUCCACAAUGGACCUCAACCACAACACCCUCCCCACGGAGCCCCUCUCUCUGCAGGCCCAGGCCACCGUCACCAUGCCCCGCGAGGGCCGGACUCACACACACCCAGAGCUAGGGCUGAGAAGUAUCCAUGGGCUCCAGGGGCUCAGGGGGCUAGAGCAGAGUUGUGGCUUGCCCACAGCCUUCCCUCUGCUGGGUCGCAGCACAGCCGUGUAGGCCUGACUAACCCUCCUGGAGGUGGGGGUCAGACUGGAGCUAAGGACACUGGAGCUAAGGAGAGGCGUUGGGUUGGGUCUGAGGAGUUGCAUCUGGGUUGUAGAGUUGGACUAAUGAUGAAGGGGAUAGAGGAGGAGAAAUGUCCUUCAGACUCCCAGCAGCCAGAGGUGUUGACAGAGUGAGAUGGGACACCCUUUCUAAAGAUGGUCUCUCUUCCCAGCCUUCCUCUCAUCCUCCCUCCAUUAUCUGUCUCUCUCUCUCCCUCCAUUUCUUUCUAUUCUCUAUAUCUCUGUAGUUGUGUUGAUCUCUCUAUUCUCUGCAGCGUCGCAGCCUGAUGCAGAGCAGCUAUUAUAUGAGUCUGCUGUUGCCAUAGCUCCCUGGAACUGUCUGUUGCCCAUGACACCUUGGGCCCCUAGCGACCUCUCCUCCUCGCCAAAUUUCUAAAGACAUUUUCAUAGCCUUUCUUUGUAUGACUGCAGGUUGAAAGAGGGGGAACUCUUUAAUGACCUGCAGUAGCUCUGUGUUGCUGUUUCUCUUGAUGUAUAGUAUGUACAGUGAAGGACCAAGAAAGACAUGUUGGGGCAUUCAGCCCAAGUAACUAUCACCCUGCUCGGAGCAUUGCAAUGUGCAAUGGAAACUCUGUUUUGUAUUGAAAAAGCUCUUCUUCAGCAUUACUGUCAUAUCUUCAAGAUGUUCUGAAGUGGACUAUGAAUAUCAAUUUGAUAAUCCCCAGCUGGGGAUUGUUGCUCCUCAGUGUACACCAACUGAGUGUGUGCGUAUGUGUGUGCCUGCGUGUGUCUGUCUGUGUGUGUGUGUAUGUGGUUGCUAUCUGUCCACGAGGGAAGUGUUUUAUCAAGAUUGUGAUUGUGAAUCCAUUUCUUUCUUUCUCUCCCUCCGUCAUUAUCCCUCUGUCUUACUCUCAAGCCACUCAUCAGGCUAGAUGUCGCUGGGAGACGCUCUCCUUCGCAUUGCCAUGGGGGUGCUACAGUACAUAUAGCAGACACCAUCACAGAAAAUGUCAUCUGUCAUGGUAGAAAAACAAAGCUAUCACCAUGCACCAAGCAAUUGCAGAGAUGGGAUUUCUGUUCCUUUUCCUGAUUUAAAAAGUUUAUUCAGCUAUGGAAUGCUUUUGCAGGGGGAAUGGAAUCUAUCAAUCCUGACCUCCCUUACUACGCUGUUAAGCCUGUUAGGAACAGUGUUACCACCAAGGUCCACCGCUUUGUUAUUAGCUGUUAUGUAACCCAAUUCAAUCACAUUACAUAAUCCACUGAAAUUAAUGGAGUAUUUGAUGGCCUGGCCUUACUUGGCAGUACCCUUGAGAUGCUCGGACAAAUUAGGAAGCUUGUCAGUGCAAAGCUGAAGUGCUGUCCUCAAGGAGCUUAUAUAAAUGUAGAGAUAGGGAACAUACAGUACCCAACGCCAGGAGAGAGAGAGAUGAGAGGGAGAGAAUGAGAGAACUACUUGAGGCCAUGAGAUAAUGUUAUUAUUGAGAGGUAAAAAGUAUUUCAGUUUGAAUCUAUACAGACAAUGUCUCAGUUUGUCCUGGGUUCUAUUGAUAUAUUACGGUAGUAUGUUGUUCUGUGUUACAUAGCAUUGAGACGUCCAUUAAGUUUAUUUUGGAUGCUGUAACGGCUCUCGUCGAAAGGAGUGGACCAAAGCACAGCGUGCAAAGUGUUUAGUGUUUCAGGAUUAGUUUAUUUCAAAAAACACACAAACAAAAUAACAAACGUGAAAACGAAAGCGCACAGUUCUGUCAGGCAGAAACACUAAACAGAAAACAAGAUCCCACAAAACCCAAAAGGAAAAUGACAAC